AUGAGUGAAUCACAAUGUGUAUCAGAUGCUUAUCAAUAUAUCAGUCAAAUUAUCGAAGAUGCACUAAAGCGAACUGAACAAAUGUUGUUAAAAUUGAAGACGCGGCGUGAUGAUACGAUAAUAAAUGUUAAAAACAAAACAGUAAGGAUGAGUGAAACAAAUACAGGAAAAACUAAAGCUUCUGCAGCGCAUAUGCGAAGCGCACUUGGUUACAAUGUUGAAGGAAUUUCAGAUGAUAUAUUGCCAGCUGCGAUAUCGCAAUAUCCACGAAAGAUAAAUAGUGCAUCCUGGAAGAUUAUGGAUCUAUUGCGUUUCCCCGUAAACGAUGAGGAACGAAAUUUAAGACUCAGUGAUCGAAUUUUCAUAUCUCUCGAUCAAAAAUCAAUAAUGCUUAUGCGUGAAUACGAUGGCUUUCCUAAUCGUGCUCAUCAACAGCAGCGACCUAAAUCCAAUAAUUUGUAUCAAAAACAAUCAAAAGUGAUCGAUCUGCAACAACAACAACAACAACAACAUGUCGAAUUAGAUGAACGGAGAGGAGUAUCUCAUCGUCAAACGGAUCAAAGUCAUCCCAGUGAAGGGUUUCAACAACUUAACGAAUUUAGCAAUGAAACUCAACGCCAAUCUAACUUGCAUCAACAGAAGUUAAAUCAACCCACGGAUUACGAGAAUUCUUCUCAGCAACGAGUGGAGAAAAUCACUACUACACAUCGUUUAACACCAAUUCAACACCAAUCAAAACAAUUUCAGCAAUCGCAAUCAUUACGAAUGCAAAAGCCUAAAAUUGACGAGUUUGCUGAUGAAGAAACCAUGUCAUCAUCAAAGCAAGUUAUAUCAACCCCAGUAUUCCAUAGCGCUCCUUCAAGUGCUCAAGAUGAAUCCAUAAGCAAAGAUGAUAAUUCACAUGCUGAAAGUUGUGCAGAAUUUGUACAGGGGAAAGUAUCAAAGAAGCUCGUCAAACAAAAAACGGGUAGAAGAUCAAAAAAGUCCGACAGUUCACAAUCGAAACCACAUCGUAGGAAUCGAAAUGAAAACUCCAUCAACCUUCAAGUUGAUGAGCAAAUAACAACCAGUGAUAGCAUUGGUAUUCAUGAUGCUAAACGAUCAGAUUCUGAUACAUCUCUUCAUCAUGAAGAUGAAAUGAGUGGAAAACGAGAUGAAGUAGAUGAAAUUGAGAAAUAUAAAAAAGGACGAAAGAAUAAAAAUCAAUCAUCUGCAGAACAAUAUUUUGCUACCAGUAGUUCUAUGCCAAAACAAUCUCGUUUAUCGAUAAUUGAUCCAAAGGGACGACGAAAAGUAAAAAAAUUGUUUUAA